AUGGCGCCAAUGGCGCUGAAGAUUCUGGGCAUGAUUCUGUUGUGUGCUCGAGAAUCGUUGCAGCAGAAGGACCCCGUGAAAGAUUUCUGCCGACGAUUUGGGCACCAAACAUGUGUUAUCGAUCAGCGGCUAUAUAUUGAUGGAGGGCUAGUGAACAUGAAUACCCUUCAACAGAACCCCAACAACUAUUCAAAUACUUGGUUGUCAUAUCAUGAUCUCACGACAAGUCCACCACGGAUCGACAUGCCUCAAAUUCACGCAAACUUAUCCAAGAAUGCCUCGAUACCCGAUGUCAGUGGAGGCGUACUAUGGCCUGAUUCCGUGAACAAGCGGUUCUACCUGUACGGUGGAGAUUAUUUCAAUAUCCCACCUAAUCCCCCAAAUCUCCUGUCAUAUGAUGUGCUUUACGAUCAAUGGGUGUCAUUUGGGUCACCUACCGAUAGAUCUAUCCAAAGCGUGUCCUGGGGAGCUGGAGUAGGGGUGUCAUCAAUUGGAAAGGGUUUUGUUCUUGGCGGAUGGCUAAGCAAUAACUCUGUUCCUGGCUGGACGGGGCCACCAUUGGCCACAAGCGGGCUGAUACAAUACGAUAUGGACAGCAAUAUCCUCAGCAACACCACGGGGAUAGACAGUACGCCGCGAGCGGAAGGGGUGAUGGUCUACAUUCCAGCGUCCGAUGUUGGGAUGUUGGUGCAUUUUGGUGGGGUUACAGUGGGCAGCAACGGGACCACAAGUGCUUCCCCCAUGAGCUCAAUCCAUCUAUAUGAUAUCAAAAGCUCCAAGUGGUACACGCAGACGGCGACGGGCAAUAUCCCACCAAACCGAAGGCGAUUUUGUGCUGAUGCCGCUUGGGCACCAGAUCGGUCCUCGUACAACAUUUACCUUUACGGCGGCCUCGGAUUUGGAGCUGAUUCUGCCGGAUUUGAUGACAUGUGGAUUCUUUCACUUCCAUCAUUCACAUGGAUAAACUAUUACUCGGCACCCACUGGUACUGGCUACCCACAUCAUUCUUUAUCAUGCAAUGUCGUCAAUAAUGGGCAGAUGCUCGUUAUAGGCGGAACUUUUCCAUUGUCCAGUGAUUGUGACAGCCCGGGCACAUGGGGCGUUCACAAUGCGGAUCUUGGGAAAGUAAGCGGUAGUGCUUGGAAUGUGUACAUGCCCAACAUUACUACUUAUCAAGUACCCCCGGAGGUGAUCUCGGUGGUAGGAGGCUCAUCAAUGGGAGGUGCUGCUCUCAAGAAACCCGCCACCGGUUUUCAAAACGCCGAACUUGACGUGUACUUUGCCCAACAUGCAAACGUCGCUAAUCGCACUCCCACACGGGCGGUAUCAGAUCCAUCAGGUAAUAGUACCACGUCAGGCUCUUCCAUACGCCUCCCUGGAAGCGCAAUAGCAGGUAUUUCCGUUGGCGGCGCCAUCUUUUUAGGCUCCAUAAUUAUUGGUGGAUGCUAUUUCUUUCGUCGCCGGAGGAACCAAAAACAUCCCCCACCAUCUCCGCCUCCGCCGCCCCCAAUCUCAAAAUCUCCCCCAUAUGAUCCCAAAGCCGCUCCCAAAUCUCAAAGCUAUACAUCUUACAAUGUGCCGAAGACACACUAUCAAUUGCCAACAACACCUGAGCCUGCCGAGCUUUAUGGCAGCCAUUAUCGGAUGCCACCACCUGAACCGCAAAAUGGAUUUGUCGCCGAGACACGAGACCAUGAUCCUCGCUAUCAUUCCCCAGUAACUUCGCCGAACCCGUCAACGUUUUCGGGCCGCACAGCGCUUACGCGUAGUGGUUCGAAACCAGAAACAUAUUAUGGGUCACCCACUUCACCAAAGGCAAUAUCUCCAGUCAUGGGACGGAUCUCCCAAACUCCGAGACUCGAAUCCAAGCAACCCGAACCAGGAAAGCAAUUCUGGAUAGCACACCAGGCUCAUCGUGAGAUCCGGAAUACCAACAUUUCCCUGCAGGUAAGCGGAUUACUAGAUGCAUACACCGUAAGCCUUGCCAAGCUAGGCCGGAGCCCUGAUCGACUUGGCAGCUUGUCGCACGAUAUGAAGGCGUGGGAAGCUGGGGUUAGGGAUGAAGAAGACAUUUUUGCCCUCUCAGAAGCCGCUGCAGCGGAAGUUAUCGUUGCCGGCAAGGACAGUAUUCAACAGGUACUAGUCGAGCAGGAUCUUAGAAAGGCGCCCCUAUAUGAAUCUCACCGGCCGCCGACGGGCGCUGAUAACCUUAUCUCUAUAGUAGACAAGACAAGAUACAAACAAAAGAGGCGACUCCUGGCCCCUGGAUUCUCCAUCAGCUUUUUAAAUUCCCUGGAACCCCUUUAUCUUGGCUGUAUUGGAGCAUUUGUGGAUGUGUUGGAUGCAAAAUGCGCUGAAGGCCAUGGCUCGGCCGUCAUCGAUAUGUACAUGAUGUUAGGAAAUUUGACGACGGUAUUCCCUUCCAUCCCUCGACGAGUGGAGUUGACAGAAAUGGUCGACGACAUACUGGCGAAGCGAAUGGCCCACAAGGGGCCUCCCAAGAAAGAUCCCCUUCAAAUAUUUCUUGAUGCGCAUAAGUCGAAUCCAGACUUAUAUUCAGAAAUGAAUGUCCUCGAGGAGAUGUGUUUAUUCCUGAUUGCUGGAAGCGACACUGGGGGUGCGACCGCAACAUUCACAUUACUCCUACUACUCAACAACCAGGAGAAACUAAAACUGCUCGUGGAAGAAAUUGACGAAGCAUUCCCCUCCAAGGACGAGCUGAUAACGAUUGCUAAAACGCAAGAUCUCCCAUACCUGAAUGCAGUAAUCAAUGAUAGUAUGAGAGUUAUGCCGAUAGCUACAGGAUUACCUCGGUAUACAACCGAGACUACAGUGAUCUGCGAUUCCGAAAUUCCCCCAAGGUGGCGGCAUUUCUGUAACGAUAAAGAUCCCCGAAUUUGGCCUGACCCGGAGAGCGUCGUCCCCGAAAGAUGGCUCGGCGAGUAUAAAGGGGCCGAAGUAGACCGAAAAGCUUUUGUCCCAUUUUCGGCCGGCUCAAGGAACUGUCCUGGCCAACAGUUCGCGCUCAAAGAACUACGACUUUUCUUUGCCACUCUGAUUCACAGUUAUUAG